AUGAAUGUUCAUUUCUUACUAUUUUAGAUUGUGUACCCAACUAAUGCAAUUUUAAGAGGAAAUAAAAAUAAUGAGGUAUAUUUUUUAUAUAUAUAAAGUCUUAAUAAAUUGAAAUGAUCCUACGAUUAGCUAAAAAAAUAGGUAAAAUUUAUCAUAUUCUUUUUGUGAGAUUUAUGAGAUAUAAGAUAUGAAAUUAAUUAUAAUAGGUAGACAUAUUAAAGCAGUCUUACCAAAAACAUUUUUUGAUUUAGUUUUCAAAAAAAUUUAAUGAAAAUUUAUUUAUUAUCAUUAUGAAACCUUAUACUUACCAACAUCGUGUAUCUUAAUUAGAUGAUAUGGAUGAUCAUUCACUGUUGUCUAAAUCUAAAUUUCAUGGAUUCUAUUAUUAUGCACAUAUGUUAGGAAUCUAUUACUUAAUUGAUCUGAUGUAUUUCAAUUAAUUAGGUAAAAUACUCGCUAAUUCACCAACUAUCUCUGCAGUAAAGAGAGAUGGCAUUUUAAUGAUAAUUUGGGCUGUUUAUGUAAAUUAUAUUUACUAAUAUAAGUCAUUCACUUAUCCGUACACUGUUUACUUUGCACAUAAGUUUGGAUUCAAAAUCCUAUUACUUUUUUUUAUUUCUCUACCGUUUAUUAUAUUUCCAUGGUUUAUCAUUCAAUAUUAAUUGGGUUUUAUACCUGGAGUAUUUGUAGGUGCCAUGGCUAGUAUUGGAUUUAUGAAGGAAGUUUCUUAUAUUAAAAAUUGUAAAAAACCUAUUGGCUUAUGGCAAUUCUUUAUUUAUAUGAUUACUCCUGCUUUGGUUUUCUAUCAUGAUUAUCCAAAAACAAAAAAAAUCAGAUUAAUUUAUUGUUUAGCUAAGUUAUUCAAUAUAGCUUACUUUAAUAUACUUGGAGCAGUUAUUAUAGCUAAACAUAUUGAACCAGCUAUUAUUGGAACUUCAGAUUAGAUUCUUUAAACAAUAUUGCUAUUAUUUCCACUAGCUUCUUUUUGGAUGGUACUAUUCUUCUUAACUUUUGAAAACAUAUUAAAUUUAUUAGCUGAAAUAACGUAUUUUGGGGAUAGAGAAUUCUAUCAUGAUUGGUAUUAAAUAUAAUGAAUAAUUAGGUGGAAUGCAACAACAUUUGAAGAAUUUAAUGCAAAAUGGAAUACAGUAGUUUAUGCUUUUUUGCAUACACAUGUUUAUUUAUAGCUAUAAGAGUGGAAAGUACCUCGAAUUUGGUCUAAAGUGUUAACAUUUACAUUUUCAGCUUUGAUUCAUGAGAUAAUAUUGAUUGCAGCUUUACGAUAAUUCACUCCUUUUAUGACUUUCAUAAUGUUGUUACAGGUGCCAGUAAUGAUGGCAUUAAGAUUCCUUAAGAAUACUAGAAUAGGAUUAAUAUAUUUUUGGUUUAGUUUAUUACAUGGAGUUCCAAUUAUAGUUAGCUAUUAUGUGUUGGUUUGA